CAGCCAUCUACAAUAACGGGGUGUCAACCCAGCCAUCUACAAUAACGUGGUGCCAACCUAGCCAUCUCAAUUACGUGGUGUCAACCCAGCCACCUACAAUAACGUGGUGUCAACCUAGCCAUCUCAAUUACGUGGUGUCAACCUAGCCAUCUACAAUUACGUGGUGUAAACCUAGCCAUCUACAAUUACGUGGUGUCAACCUAGCCAUCUACAAUUACGAGGUGUCAACCUAGCCAUCUACAAUUACGAGUUGUCAACAUAGCCAUCUACAAUAACGUGGUGUCAAACGAAAAAAAGUAUGACCAUCCGAGGGGUUGACAGUUUCCUGAUGUCUGAAUACAAAUAACAAAUACUAAUUCUGAAGUGUAAUACUGCUUAUACACAGAGUGAGAUCGUAACACAGAUGGUCAAGGUCAAACUAUGGAGCGGAGGGAAACACGGAAAAUGUCCAGGUUCUUGUCUCACCAUCUUGAUGGCAUCGAAGCUAUAGGUUCAGAAAAAACAGUCAAAAUAAGACGUAUGAUGGACUACUUUACCAUCAUUAUGCACGGUUCAGAAGAAACAAACUUUACAGCUACAUGUAUUGGUUCUAGGGGAGAGGGAUUAGAAUUUGAGUGUUCGGAUAAGGAUGUGAUGUUAUCAGACAACCGCGUAAUUGUAAUUCAACCAAAUGAUGAGAUACCAGAGGGGGAUGUUAGUAAAACUGUUCUGGUCAUGGACACCACUGGCUGUAUGCCUGGGUAUACAUUACUCAGACAACAUCAAGUAGGUGUGCUUUAUAACGGAGAAGUCAUGGGAGCAAUGGUACAUUUCCCUGGUUCCGUGUAUCUGUCUAGUGUUGUUUACAUUAGUAACAAACUAAAUCCAGGUCAUUACCAACACGGACCGUGCUCAACUACAACUUGUCAUUGUAGAGUUGGCCAUGAAGUUGAUCGUGCAUACUGUUUCCAUUGCUUAUCGUGGCCAGAUAGCCUAAGUGACUUCAGGUCUCGUACCAUACACUGUGUUUGGCCAUCUAGACAGUUGGUCAAUCACAUCGUGAAACAGGGAUGCUACUUUGUUGCAAUCGGUGACAAACAUUCUAGUCUGAAUGCAAUGCAAUGGCGGAUUUCCUUUGCAAAAGCCGAAAAAUCCCUCGUAAUGUCAUUUAAUCACGUACAUUUGAAAACGUAUGCUUUACUGAAAAUAUUCCUUAAAGAGUGUCUUGAACGUGAAGAAUCCAUUAAAGACCUGCUCUGUUCAUAUUUCAUGAAGACAAUUUUGUUUCAUGCGAUAGAACACUCCACAAGUUCUAUGUGGGUGGACGAGAACAUUGUACAGUGUUUUUGGUUCUGCUUUACUAUACUUCUGGAAUUUGUACAAACCGGAUACUGCCCUAAUUACUUUGUGCUUACCCACAACAUGUUCCUCUCUAACGUCACUGGGGACAACAGGAGGAGACUACUCCAUGUACUGAAUAAAUAUCAGUGUAUGGGGUGGAAGUGUUUGUUUCAGUGCCCGAGUCUUCAGUCUUUACCUCAAGAGGUAAUUGAAAGUCGUUCAAUGUACCCUUUGGCAAAUCAUGAGCAGUUAGUCAUGGAAGAAUUUAGACAGGAUGAACUAAUCCGUAUGCUAUUUGAUCACAUGAGAAUCAUCGAUAUUGCGGCCGCAUUUAGUUCAGCUAACAUGGAUUUCUUAAAAUGUCCUAAUGACAACAUUUCUGAUUUAUUACUGCUUUACUUUAUCAAAGCUAUGACAAUCACGUCUAGUAACAUCACUGCAGACCUAACGCUGUCCCAUCGUUACACUAAUAAACGUGUCUAUACAAAGAUCAGAAAGAACAAAUGGUUACUUCACAUGUCGUCUGCAACCGAUGUUUGUGAAGGACUGUUAUUACUGGCCACAUUCUACAUCAAUGCUGGUUCUUACAGCAAAGCUUCUGCGGUGGCAACACGCGUAGUUUCCGCUUGUCAACAAAGUGCGUUAAUACAGAGGUUUGGACAUUUCAAAAAUUCUGAAUACUUGAACGACAUGUGUGGUAAAGGAUACACACUAUUACAGAAAUUUAAACGUUCGUUUGUGCUAGUAUAUAGAAUCUUCAAAAAGCAAAACAAACUAUAUCCACCAGAACUAGACCUUGAGGUUGCGGCAGAUGAGGAGGGUAUUGAUAUUCCACCACUGCCGUACGCUGUGUUCCUCCUUGUGUUGUCUGCCUAUAAACUCGGUGAUACCAAAAAGGCCAGGACAACCCUCGAUGACCUCCUGGCUGUACGCAGAAAUGAAGUCUAUGGAGUACGUAACUACCCUAUUUUACAUAAUCUGGUGGGGAUAUGUCACCAACUAUUGGGGAACACAAGACAUGCCGUUAAGUCGUAUGAGGAAUCAUGUCGACUACUUCCCGACAACCGAGCAGCUGCCAGUAGAAUUACCGAGCUACGACGGCAUCAGAAGGAAGAGCGAGGUGACACAGACGUCGACGCCCUGGACUACUGCAAUGUUCCAUGUAGAUAUGAGCGAUACGAACCUGACGACGACGACGAUGACGACGACGACGACGAUAGGUUGCACUACCAUUAAGUGCUGUACAACACUGACCCAGUCGAUUUUCUUAAAUUGUGGGUAUUUUAAACCAUAUUUUUUCACCGCGGUAUUGUUUCCCGAUCAAAGUUUGGUACAAUUGCGUAAAAUACAAAUUUUUAUGGUUGUGCGUUACGAAUCAGUAGAGUGUCAAUUCUUUAUCAAAUGUAAACUUUAUCAUAAUAAUGUCGACGGUUUUGCGAGUAAUUCCCGUGUUAAAAUCAUAAAAGGGACAAACAUUCAUGUAACCAUUUAAAUAAUUUGUUUGUGAAAAAGAUGAGCUUGUUAGGCUAGUUAUAACCCCCGUCAGUGUCUGUAUGGUAUUCUGGUAAACUACAGAGGUAGAAUGACAUUUUUUCUGAUAUGUUCAUAAAACCUGUGUACUUCAAAGAAGAAACUGGUGACAAUUAUCGACAAUUAUUAUUUGAUAGGGAAAAUGGUAUUUUAGUUAUUUGAAAUUACAGAAAAGAAAAAAUGUAAAUAUAUGUUCGUGAGAAUUAUGAGAGACAUAAUCAGAGAUCUGUGUCUUAUACAUUUAUUGAAGGUGUUUCAUAAUGAAAAAAAAGGACAUAGUAAAAAGCAAACUUUAUGCUUGGAAUAUUUGUUUUAUCAGAGACGUAUUAUAC